AUGGACCACGCCAGUACCCAGGGUCAGAGGAGAGCCUCUGCCUGCAGACGCGAGCUUCAUGUAGUCUUUGUGCUGGAACUCAGGAACUCGGAGACCUCCUUCACCACUUCUCUCUGCUUCAACUUGGACACUGACAAGCCAACAGUCUUCCACAUGGACAGAGCUGGGUUUGGACACAGUGUGGUCCAGUAUGCUGACAACUCAGUGAUGGUUGGAGCCCCCCUGGAGACAAAGGGUGCCAACCAAACAGGUGGUCUCUACCAGUGUGCCUACAGCUCGGGCAGAUGUGAGCCUGUCCCCUUGACGGCACCCCCAGAUACUGUGAAUAUUUCCCUGGGCCUGUCCCUGGCAGCUACCACCAAACCCUCCAGGCUGCUGGCCUGUGGCCCCACUGUGCACCGGGCAUGCAGGAAGAACAUGCAUUUCCUUGGGUUCUGCUUCCUGCUAGCCUACCCCUCCCGCCAGGCCCAGAGGCUCCCGGCUGAUGUGCAGGAGUGUCCAAGGGAGGAGAAAGACAUCGUGUUCCUGAUUGAUGGCUCUGGCAGCAUCUUCGCAAGUGAUUUUGCCAUUGUGAUCAACUUCGUGAAGGUGGUGAUGAGCCAGUUCCAGAGACCUGACACCCAGGUUUAUCUGACAAAUGACAACUUCAAACACAGCUUCAACCCAAUAAAACUAUUGGAUCAUGUGAUACAGAAGAGAGGGUUUACUCACACAGCCACAGCCAUCCAAAAGGCCAUGAAUUUUAUGUUCCAUCCCCAAAAUGGAGCCCGUAAGGAUGCCACCAAAGUCCUCAUCGUCAUCACUGAUGGAGCAAAAGAAGGUGACAAACUGAACUAUGAGGACGUCAUACCCAAAGCUGACUCAGCCGGCAUUAUCCGAUACGCCAUUGGGGUAGGACGGGCUUUUAAAAACAGACAUUCUAUCAAAGAAUUACGUGACAUCGCAUCCAAGCCCUCUCAUGAACAUGUAUUUCAAGUGAAUGACUUUGAAGCUUUAAAAGGCAUUCAGAACCAACUGAAAGAGAAAAUUUUUGCCAUUGAAGGUACACAAUUCAUGAGUGCUAGUUCCUUUGAAUUUGAGAUGUCCCAAGAGGGCUUCAGUGCUGUGUUCACACCUGAUGGACCUGUUCUGGGAGCUGUGGGGAGUUUUAGCUGGUCUGGAGGUGCUUUCUUGUAUCCCCCAGAUGGGAGCCACACCUUCAUCAACAUGUCUCAGAAGAAUGUGGACAUGAAAGACUCUUACUUGGGUUAUGCCACUGAGUUGGCCCUUUGGAAGGGGGUACAGAGCCUGGUCUUAGGUGCUCCCCGCCACAAGCACACUGGAAAGGUUGUCAUCUUCACCCCAACGUGGAAGGAUUGGAUGUUGCGCGCGGAAGUCACAGGGACCCAGAUUGGCUCGUACUUCGGGGCCUCCCUCUGCUCGGUAGAUGUGGACAGAGAUGAUAGCACCGACUUGGUCCUCAUCGGAGCCCCUCAUCACUAUGAGCAGACCCGAGGGGGUCAGGUGUCUGUCUGCCCCUUGCCUCAGGGGCAGGCCAAGUGGCGGUGCCAGGCUGUUCUCCAGGGGGAGCAAGGACAUCCUUGGAGCCGCUUUGGGGCAGCCAUGACGGUACUGGGGGACGUGAAUGGGGACAGGCUGACAGAUGUGGCCAUUGGGGCGCCAGGGGAGCAGGACAACCAGGGCGCUGUCUACCUAUUUCACGGAGCAUUGGGACUGGGCAUCAGCCCCACCCACAGCCAGAGGAUCACAGUCUCCCAGUUCUCCCAGAAGCUGCAGUAUUUUGGCCAGUCGCUGAGUGGAGGCCAGGAUCUCACCAUGGAUGGGCUUGUGGACCUGGCCGUGGGGGCUCAAGGAUAUGCACUGCUGCUAAGGACCAGGCCUGUGCUCAGGGUGUGGGUGAGUAUAAGCUUCACACCUGCAGAAAUUUCGAGAUCUCUGUCUGAGUGUCAGGAGCACGUGACCUCUGCCCAGCCAAUGGGUGAUGCCAGAGUCUGCCUUCAUAUUGACCCAAGUUUCAAGAACCAGCUUGGUAACCUCUGGAGCUAUGUGACCUUUGACCUGGCCCUCGACCCUGGCCGCCUGAACCCUCGUGCCAUCUUUGAUGAAACAAAGACUUGGAAUCUGACCCGAGUGCAACUCCUGGGCCUGGGUCAACACUGUGAGGCUGUGAAGUUGCUUCUCCUGGCCUGUGUGGAGGACAUUGUGACCCCCAUCAUUCUGCGACUCAACCUCUCCCUUGUGGGCGAGCCCAUCCCCUCCUUUGGAGACCUCCAGCCCAUGCUGGCCACGGAUGCUGAGAGAUACUUCACGGCCUCUCUCCCCUUUGAGAAGAACUGUGGGGCCGACCACAUCUGCCAGGAUGACCUUGGAGUCUCCUUUGACUUCUCAGGUUUGCAGACCCUGGUGGUCGGGAAUAACCUGGAGCUGAAUGUGCAAGUGACAGUGUGGAAUGAUGGCGAGGACUCCUACGGAACGACUGUCACCUUCUCCCACCCUGUAGGGCUGUCCUACCGACGUGUGACGGGGAUCCAGAGCCAGCAACACCUGUCUUCCCCGCGCCUGACGUGUGACAGCGCCCCGGCUCAGAGCCAGGGCCUCUGGAGCACCCGCUGCAGCAUCAGCCACCUCAUCGUCCGUGAGGGCAUGCAGAUCAUCUUUGUGGCCAUCUUUGACAUCUCCCCCAAGGCCGUGCUGGGAGAUCAGUUGCUCCUGACGGCCAAUGUGAGCAGUGAAAAUAACACACCCAGGAGUAGCAAGACCACCUUCCAGCGGAAGCUUCCUGUGAAGUAUGCUGUCUACACCGUGAUCAAAAGUCAUGAGCAAUCCACCAAAUACCUCAACUUCUCAGCCUCAGAGGAGGGAGAAAGCAGUGUGGUCAAACAUCUGUACCAGGUGAAUAACCUGGGACAGAGGGACCUGCCUGCCAGCAUCAACUUCUGGGUGCCCGUGGAGCUGAACCAGAUGGCCGUGUGGACAAGAGUGGAGGUCUUUCAACCCCAGACUCCGUUCAUUCGGUGCUCUUCAAAGCAAAUAGCUCCCACAGAGUCCGACGUCCUGACUAGUCUUCAGAAGAACCCUACCCUGAACUGCUCUGUAGCCGUCUGCCUGUGGUUCUCCUGUGACAUCCCGUCCUUUGGCAUCCUGGAGGAACUUACCUUCAUCCUGCAGGGCAACCUCAGCUUUGGCUGGCUCAGCCAGACACGGCAGAAGAAGGUGUCAGUCAUGAGUAAGGCUGAAAUCACCUUCAACAGAUCCACGUAUUCCCAGAUUCCAGCUCAGGAGGCGUUUCUAAAAGCCCAGGUGGAGACAGUACUGGAGAAGUAUGAGGUCCAGAACCCCACCCCCCUCAUCGUGGGCAGCUCUGUGGGAGGCCUGCUGCUCCUGGCUGUCAUUACCGCCGCUUUGUACAAGGUUGGCUUCUUCAGACGCCAGUACAAGGAAAUGAUGGAGGAGGCAAAUGAGGGGACCGUCCCAGCAAGCGGAACAUCUGAUGGCCCAGCUGCCCAAUGA